UUGUCUCUUUUCCUUCUCUUUUCUCUCCUUAUAUCAUCCCUUUCCUCCCAAUUUCUUCACUAAAGAAAAUAUUUUCGCUUUCCUUGUAGUAUACAUAAGCUUUCAGCUCUCACCUCAGCUUCACAGUUCAUACCUCCUUCACUCUAUAAUCACUUACCCUUUAACAUCAAUUCAAGAUUUGGAGCUUCUGGUCACUAUUACUACCACAUUUCAUAGCCAUCUUUUACUUAGCCAUUAAUCAUUCCAACCCAUUUGCUAUCCCAUCUCAUUUCAUCUAUACAACAACACAUUUCAUAGCUUACUUGGGUGUCAUGCAAGAUAUUUUCAUGUUUGCAGCUUCUGCUUCAACAAUUUUCGGCCUCACCAUAUCCCAUUUUGAACUUCCUUUUUGGACAUCGUUAUAUAAAUUUCAUAGCCUUGAAUGUUCCUCCUUCACGUGCUAUAGACCUUUGUACCUUGCUUGCCCUCCAUCUCCGCAAUCCCUACUGUUCUUAAGCUAAAGCUGUGCCAAUUUUUUUUGAGCAUUUUUCCUAAUUGAAAUGGCCAUGGAAUGGGAGCAAAAGACUCUGAUCAGUGAACUGAAUCAAGGGAAAGAGCUAGCAAAGCAGCUUAUGAAUCAUCUUAACCCUUCUUCGUCGCAUGAAACUUGUGAAUUCUUAAUUGAGAAGAUACUUUCUUCUUAUGAAAAAGCACUUUCAAUGAUAAAUUGGGGUGCUUGUGUAGAAGAGCCCAAAUCCAGCAUCAACAAUCUUGAAUCGCCUAGUUCUUUUGCCAUUACUAGCCCAAGAAGUGAAGGCUAUGACCAAGACUCUAAGCACAAAGAUGUCUACAAGAAAAGAAAGACAUUGCCCCGAUGGACAGAACAAGUGAAGGUUUGCUCCGGGACAGGGCUAGAAGGCCCUCUUGAUGAUGGUUAUAGCUGGAGAAAAUAUGGGCAGAAAGACAUCCUUGGAGCUAAUUUUCCGAGGGGUUAUUAUAGAUGCACUCAUCGACAUUCACAAGGCUGUUUAGCCACAAAGCAAGUUCAAAGAUGUGAUGAAGACCCCACUAUUUUCGAAGUUACCUAUCGAGGUCGUCACACUUGUAGCCAAGCAUCUCAUUUAAACGUGGCAUCGGCAUCAGUAAAAGAAAACAAAAGAAAGUUUCAACCCCAACAACAGUCACAGGAAAUAGUGUUCAAUUAUGGAGGUGGGCUUAAAAGUGAGGACAUGGAAACUAGAGAGGAUGGCAUAUUUCCGUCCUUUUCUUUCCCUUCUACACCAAUUGGAUCAGACAAUGCUGAUAAUAAUAUUUUCUCGGAGUCCAUAAUGUUGGAGAACAAUUUCAUGGGGAGUUUUUCUCCAACUUUUAUAUCACCAGCAACAUCUGAAUCCAACCUGUUUUCACUGUCUCCAUGCCACAUAAACAGUUACAGACUAGGCCACAAUGUGCAAACAUCCGAAUCUGAUCUCACUGACAUAAUUUCUGCCCCGACUUCUGUCACCAAUUCACCAAUUGGGAACUUGGACUUUUCACUUGAUAAGGUGGACAUUGACCCAAAUUUCCCAUUUGACAACCCGGAAUUCUUCUCCUAAUUGUUACCUCAUUAGCCACAAUUAACACCACCCCC